CGGAAGCGCUCGGCUCGCGGGAGGCGCCCAACAUGGCGUGGCGGUGCUGGGCCCGCGCCUGGGGCCCGCGGCCGCACAGGCUGACGGUGCUGCUGGAGCAGCGACAAGGCUUCCGCCGGGCGCGGCCGCGGCCCGAGGAGCCGCCCGCUGCCGCCGCCGAGGCGCGGCCCGGCCCGGCCGCCGCCCGCCGCAGCCUCUGCCCGCCGCCGCCGCACGCCCGCGCCGGCCGCCCCUCGCCGCGCCGCCUCGUCAGGCCGCUGCUGUUCGCCGUGGGGUUCACAGGCUCUGCCUUCGGCUCCGCCGCCAUCUGGCAGUAUGAGUCGCUCAAGUCGCGGGUCCAGACCUACUUCGAGGAAGCCCGGGCAGACUGGCUGGAUAAAAUCCGGCCCCAGAAGAGGGGGGAUUUCCGAAAGCAGGUUAACAGCUGGUGGAGUAACCUGAGCGAGGGCCAGCGGACUGUGACAGGCAUUAUAGCUGCAAAUGUCUUCGUGUUCUGUUUAUGGAGGCUGCCUGGCAUGCGACGCAUUAUGUUUACAUAUUUCACCUCAGAUCCAUCCUCCAAGGCCCUGUGUUCUCCCAUGCUGCUCUCUACAUUUAGUCACUUCUCUCUAUUCCACAUGGCAGCAAAUAUGUAUGUUUUAUGGAGUUUUUCCAGCAGCAUUGUCUCUCUCCUGGGAUGUGAACAGUUCAUGGCAGUGUAUCUUUCUGCUGGGGUUAUCUCCACUUUUGUCAGUUAUGUUGCUAAAAUGGUCACUGGAAGGUUUGAACCAUCCCUUGGAGCUUCAGGAGCUAUCAUGACUGUCCUUGCAGCUGUGUGUACAAAGAUGCCAGAAGCAAAACUAGCCAUCAUAUUUCUUCCAAUGUUCACAUUUACAGCAGGAAAUGCUUUAAAAGCCAUAAUUGCAUUUGACACUGCAGGGCUUGCUCUGGGCUGGAGACUUUUUGACCACGCUGCACAUCUUGGGGGAGCUCUCUUUGGAAUGUGGUAUGUGACUUAUGGCCAUGAGCUCAUAUGGAAGAACAGAGAACCACUGGUGAAAGCUUGGCAUGAAAUGAGGACAAAGAACUCAGGAAAGGGAGGAGGUGGAAGAUUUAACUGAUUCUAAUCCUAGAGGUUCCUAGAGCUGGUGUAUUACUUGAAGACACGGGAUUGAAUUGGUGUUGAAGGCUUUUUGCUGCUCCACAAGAAGCCUCUAAAGGAGCUGAAGUUUCUCAUGGAAACUACAGUUACAAAAAUGCAUAUCCAUAGAAAAUGGACUCUGACAAAGGUGGAACAAUAAAGGUUUUUAUCCUGUUGCUUUCUGAGGUAACAGUCUGCAUUACAUUUUAUAAAGGAGGAAUAAUAAAAGCAUUCCAAUGAAACGACCCAAA